GCCAAAGCAGGCAGUCUCUCAGGCGCGCAGGCCACCAGGGGCCGCAGGGGCCGUCAGUCCGGCAGGCAGGGGCCGCAGCGAGGGGUUUGCCAAAUUCCAUGCUCGAAAGCCCCCAAGGAUCGAAAGGCGAAGGAAAGGCGGUGCGGGUGGUGGUGGUGGAGUAUCGGACGAGUGUACUGUACCCGUCGUCGUCGUAGAGCCAUUUCUGUCUGAGACUUGUGGCAGUGGGGGGCGUCAGCGACCACUUUCGAGACUAUUUCGUACCGGACGUGAAUUUGAUUCAUGUUGGGUUUGUUUCUCCAAAUCAUUCCCCUCUCUUUUGUUUUCAGGUGAACACCCUAUCCAGGUUAGAGUUAGGUAGCCGGUCAACGAAUAAUCAGCCGUAAGCCGAGGGGUGGUUGGGGCGAGAAAAGUAUUGGCAAAUAUGCGCUAGUGGCCACUGGACAGUCGGCCCGCCCGCGAUCGAGCUCUUUGCGCCUCUUCUCCGCCAGUCCCGAGUUGCAGUUGACAGUCCGAAUCGCCUCCCUCGCUCCCUCGCUCCGGUUCUCGAAUUUUAAAAUGCCGCCUUCUUCGCAUUUCUCUCCUGUAAAAAAUGAUUAUAAUGUCUUCCGGGGCGAAGCUUGGCAUCAGGUAUAAGGUAGAGUCGUGCAUGGCGGUGCAGCCGUCGAGUGGGGAAGGAAAGUAUUAUUCGGGAUCUUUGUCCGGCAAAUCUCGGGUGGAAUGUCUGGGAUGUGAGAUUCGGCUGCUGCUCCUCGAAACAUCGCCGAUCGAUCCAUCGAUCCAUCGAUCCAUCGACUGUCGAUUGCGGAUUACCGACCCACGAAGCGUUUCAGAUUAGCGCCUCGAUUGCGGUUAACGAUGGCAUCUUACGGUGGACGGAUGGGAGCCAAAUGACGAGGGAGGGAGUACAACUUGAAUAGUUUCACGCGCUCUUUUCAGAUCCCACUCUGCCGAAUGGAUGCUCGCGGUCUCCCCCCUACUGGUCACGACGACAUUGUUCUUGUCUUCCGUCUGUCUCAUCGCAGCCAUAGCUACGCGCCACACGAACGAGGUGCUCGGAUUACUACGUGGGAAAUGGUCACGCCGUAGGCAUGAUAUCAUCAUGCGCUCACUUCACUGCCUGAGCUACGGUCGUUCUCCGCUGUUGGAGUACUUCCUGAACACAAGUCCCCACAUUCCUGUUGAAAUCAGCCUAAGGCGACAGGACGUCGACAUUCUGCAACAUUCAAUGUCGGUACGUCGGCCAGAGAAAGUAAAUCUCGCUGCAGGUCUUGCUCACUCUCCCUUCGGUUUGCAAAUGCGUUGUGAUGUAAAAUCCGCCCCAUGAGACCUUUGCGGUAAAAUAUUCGUCUCUCGUCCGACACUGGGGUCCUCCAACGAACUGACUCUCGACCAGUACGGGAAUCGAUCGAGUUGAGCGUCGAGGAAGGGUGAGGGGCGAGGGUGGAGGGGGGUCAAAUGAGGCCCGAGUGAUUUCGAAUCGAGUGUGUCUUUGUUCAGACAGCCACUGCAAAUGUCCGUUGCUCAAAAGGGCAAUUCCUAUAAAUGUACAAUACCGACCGCAGAUGGUACUCGGUCUUGUCCGAAGCAUCUCCCGAGCAAUGAGCCAUUAACACCUCAGCGAUCCGAACGUCCGCCUGUCGAUGGCCUAGGGCGGUACUCCUCGCACCGAAUAUCUCUCUCCAUCUCGGCUCUGGCAGGCUCUGGCAGAGCUGCGAGGGACGGAGAGAGGGAGGGAGGGAGGUAGCUCGCUCUUCUUCGCCGGGGCUCGUGUCCUUGGGUGGCGCUCCCGUGACAUGGGUUUCCGGAACAUAAUGACUCUGUCCGGACGAGUGGGAGAGUAAAGAGCCGAGCAGAUGUGAGAGAGCGAGCGAGGGAGGGAGGGAGGGAGGAGGCGGUGGGCGCAAUUUGGGAGGGUACAAGUUUCCUUCACAUGUGACAAACUUAUCUGUAGAGAUCGUAGAGAAUGAUUAAAUCCGACUCGACAGAUCUUAUCAUGAGCUCGGUGUAUGGACUCCGUAGCUCGAGUGCUACGCCUCCGACCGAUGUAGGGAGGCUACGCUCGCGUCCGAGUUUUGAUUAUGUGGACUCCACGGCAGUCGGCACCCGUCUUCUUUCUGCUCGAAAAAGCAUAAAGUUUCAUGAACGUAAGAAGUAUAUCGUUAACGGAUUUCGAGUGACUUCGGAUUUGGUGAAGUUGUAGACCAGAUGACCACAGACGUACACCAAUUUGCUCGAAGGUGCCCAAAAGGCAAGUACAGGUUAUGCAACUGAAUCUACAGUGCUAGAGAUUUUGGUGGAGCAUCUGGAAGGCUGCAAAGUUGUCAAAUGACGAGGUACAGAUUCAUACCCGAGAAUUGGUGUCGAGAGUAGUUGUCUGAGAUACGGUUGUACAACUUUAGCCAGAUUCCAAUCAGCUUCGGCUUCUCAGUGGCACUAUUAAAGAACUCGGUGAAGUACAUUUCCACUUUUUCCGGAAGCAGUAGUAAUCGAAUCGAGAGGACGACCUCCCUCCCUCUCUCCCUCUCUCUCUCUACCUCUACGUGGAGAGUAAUCUGUUGGAAUGGCAAAGGCGGCUUGGGCUUAGCCUGGGUCAGCAGAAGGCCGUCGUCGUCGCCGUCGCCCUGCGAGGAAACGAGGUACCGGAAGUAUUUGUUCAAGAUGGCACGAUGAUUGAAGAGAUAUGAGCGGUGUCGUGUCGGGCUUCGGUGGCAAGCGAGAAAGAGAAUGGUUGUAAUGUUGCAUGAGUAACAGUAAUGAUAGCAAUGGGCUAUGCGGCACGAACCUUUAUCUCCGACGACUUUUGGGCGGUAUGAGAUUUUGGCUUUCUCGGCUACAUCCUUGGCAAGCCUGACAGCGUGGUGGACCAUGAGACAACCCAAAAAGCGAAGCAGGUGGUGGACCAGGAGACAAGCCUUUAGCUUCAGAUACUAUCCAAUUUGGAGGUGGCUGGGCCCUGGUUCGGCACAAAAAGCUAUUUUGUGAGAGAGGGUGCGGAGUGUCGGAGAGGUUGAGAUGAAGGCCUCAAAUCUCAGGAGGGCAGUGUGAGGCUCAGUCGCCCUGCAGCUUUCCUUCUAUACAUACGCGAAGAUAUCAUUUAAGCGGCCCCGGCAAAAACUUAGAAAAUAAAAUAAAGGCGAGAGGAUGUCUCCCACGUUCAUAUCUGAUGUGUUCACUUGAGGUACAUACACACGCUUUUGUGGGUAGCGCAUAAUGUACUUUUCAGUCGGCCAUUUCUAUGAGCUCAGUGAGAUGUGUCACCCAAGUACCGAGUGACGUGAUUUGGGUCCGGGUACAAACGUCUUUGUCGUGACGGUUGAGUGAGAAAAGGGUAUAUUAUUGAGGCGAUAUUGUUUAAGCGAGAGCGGAGAAAUCACAUGUUCCUCACUGGAAAUUAAACUUCCCUCUCUCGCCAGACUCUGUCUUCAAUAAUAUAAAGAUAUGACGGAAUUGCAGAUUCGAGAGUUUGUCUGAAUCUGAGGGUUCUGCUAUGACUUCACUCACUGUUCUUGCACUACACUG